UUAUUUCCUUAGUAUAUGAAGACUCUGCCGGGUAAGAAUUCCCAAACAGAGAACCAAGUGGGACAUUAUUUUUUUCAUCUCAAUCAACUCUCUGAAUUUUAUUUAAAAAUAUCCAUGAGCAGUGAUAUUCAUUUCAUUCUUUCAUUCCAGAGAGUAGAGAGUUUCGUUUUUUCUUCUUCUGUGUCAUACGAGCUAGCCCAUCUCUGUUUGGAAAUGGCGGGCGGUUCUUUCGCACCGGCCGGCGUGGCCAAGGAGAGAGCAGAGCAGUACCAAGGCAGGCUAACCCUUUAUGUCGUCGUUGCCUGCAUAGUUGCCGCCGUUGGCGGCUCGCUUUUCGGUUAUGAUAUCGGAAUUUCAGGCGGGGUUACGUCGAUGGAUGGAUUUCUUAAGAAAUUCUUCAAGACAGUGUACAAGAACAAAACGCAUGCCCGGGAAAACAACUACUGCAAGUAUGAUAACCAGGGUCUUGCAGCGUUUACCUCUUCGCUGUACCUUGCCGGUUUAGUUGCAUCUUUAGUGGCUUCUCCGGUCACAAGAAAUUAUGGACGCCGAGGAAGUAUAAUCUGUGGCGGAAUCAGUUUCCUCGUUGGAGCAACUCUAAACGCUUUAGCGGCGAAUUUGGCCAUGCUUAUCUUAGGUCGGAUCAUGCUUGGUGUUGGUAUCGGAUUUGGAAAUCAGGCUAUUCCGCUAUACCUAUCAGAAAUGGCGCCAACGCAUCUUCGAGGAGCCUUAAACAUGAUGUUUCAGUUAGCAACUACGCUUGGGAUCUUCACGGCAAACAUGGUGAACUACGGAACUCAAAAGCUCGAACCAUGGGGGUGGAGGCUCUCGCUAGGGCUGGCUCUCGUACCGGCUGCAGUAAUGACAGUUGGAGGGAUACUUCUGCCCGAGACACCAAAUAGCUUGAUUGAACGAGGAUGUAAAGACGAAGGAAGAAAAGUUUUGGAGAGAAUCAGGGGAACCAAAAACGUCAGCGCAGAGUUCCAGGACAUGUUGGAUGCAAGUGAGUUUGCCAGUGCAAUAAAGCACCCGUUCAGAAACAUACUCGAGCGAAGGAACAGGCCUCAGCUUGUCAUGGCAAUCUUCAUGCCGACAUUCCAGAUCCUCACGGGGAUAAAUUCGAUUCUGUUCUACGCUCCCGUGUUGUUUCAAAGUAUGGGGUUCGGGGGAGAUGCUGCUUUGUACUCAUCUGCUUUAACCGGAGCGGUUCUUGUUACGUCUACACUGCUGUCUAUCGCAGCAGUUGACAAGCUGGGACGAAGAGUUCUGCUCAUUACUGGUGGAAUACAAAUGAUUGUAUGCCAGGUCAUAGUCGCAGUAAUCUUGGGGAUCAAGUUAGGGGACAAUCAAGAACUAUCUAAAGGAUUCUCAGUACUGGUGGUGGCGGUGAUUUGCCUUUUCGUGAUAGCAUUCGGAUAUUCAUGGGGUCCCCUCGGCUGGACAGUGCCAAGCGAGAUAUUCCCGCUGGAAACUCGAUCAGCUGGACAAAGCAUUACGGUGUCGGUGAACCUUCUGUUCACUUUCAUCGUCGCGCAGUCGUUUCUCUCCCUCCUGUGCGCGCUCAAAUUCGGGAUCUUUCUCUUCUUUGCGGGAUGGAUUACUAUCAUGACCGUUUUCGUUUACCUGUUCCUGCCCGAAACCAAGGGAAUUCCGAUCGAAGAGAUGAUACUGAUGUGGAGAAAGCACUGGUUCUGGAAGAGGAUAAUGCCUGAAGAAUACCCUGAAGCUGAUGACUCUGUUAGUGUUAGGCAAAACAAUUCAACAGUUUAACAUGUAUUAAAGAAGAGUCUAGUGGAUGUCGAUAAAGCAGAUGACCUUUACAAUUCA